CAAAGACGUCACACUUAGAUUAUUUUUUCAUACGUGGCGAUCCACAAGGGGCCUCUGGUGUGACAGUGUGAAGAAGCCGCUCGACAGACUUAUGAACUUUUCAAAUCCGGGCAGAAAUGCAACGACGCUCGUCGUCCGGGACAAUUUACAGGCGGCCAUCAUCAAGAACGUGAUCACUGUGGUUCUCUUCAUCUCCAUCAACUACAUCAACAGCACCCUGGUGCACACGUUCACAAAACACCAGGUUUUCAACAUGAACCCUCGCUACAUCCUGUACAUCCAUCUGGUGAUCAACGAUAUCAUCCUCCUGACCAUGUUCACCCUCCUUCAUGUGCUGAGUUACAUAGUGUUCACUCUCAAUGUCUCCUUCUGUACAGUUUUGGUGCUUGUAAGUGUUUUUGCAAGCAUCAACAAUCCUCUGACGCUCGCCGUCAUGGCAUUAGAGUGCUACAUCGCCAUAUGCUUCCCGCUCCGACACUCUAGGAUCUGUACAGUCAAGAAAACGUACGCUGUGAUCGGACUGAUAUGGAUGCUGAGUUCACUCGUAGUCUUCCCAGACUUAUUUGUCACACUGGCCACAGAAUCCACAGAAUUCUUUCAUUCUAGAGUUUUCUGCUUUCUAACAAACAUUUUCAGACAUCCUUAUAUUAGAGAGAAGAGAGACAUUGUCAACCAAGUAUUUCUGGUCAGUGUUUGGAUCGUUCUAUUCUACACAUAUUUCAGGAUCCUCACCACUGCAAAGGCAGCUGCUACAGAUGCCAAGAAGGCGAGGAACACUGUCCUCCUCCACGGCUUCCAGCUGCUGCUUUGUAUGCUCACCUAUGUGCAUUAUUUAGCCAUUGAAGGCCUGACAUCCUUGUUCCCAAAAGCAGGUCUGGCCAUUCGCUUUGCCGUCUCAAUAUUUAUUCACGUUCUUCCACGACUCAUCAGUCCGGUGGUUUACGGGCUGCGAGACAAGACUUUCAGAAAGUACCUGAAAAAUGAUCUGUUCUGUUCAACAUGUGCUGACACUAAACAACACAAAAGACGGAAAAUAAAUCCUAAUAGGACUUUGUGAAGUUAUGUUACAUUACAUUACAAGUGAAUUGAAUACAAUCGGCCAGGGGUGGAAUCAAACUUGCGACCAUUGCGACUAUGAUGUCUUUCACACACAGGGUACCAGUCUAAACCACUGAGCCACCACCCCAACACUCCAUGUUGUAGUUGCUCAUGCUAUGCUAGCACAUGUGUAUUUUGAAAAUAGAAAACAAUAUGAUAUAAAUACAGGUGGAGACAUUG